ACUCCUUCUUUAAUUCAUCCCAUUCAAUUAUUACCAUCACCAAGAUCUCACUCACUACACACACAGUCCGGCAGCAUUACUCAUAACUAGUUAGUAUUCAUCAUGGCCAUGGGAAGAGGCAGUGAUGCAACAGUUUCAGUUUUGAUCCUCUGUCUAUUGGUGCUCCAAACUGAGAUGGUUCAAUCUGUCACCUACACCGUCGGUGGUGCUGGUGGUUGGACAUUUAACACCGCUAAAUGGCCUGCAGGCAAGCGUUUCAGGGCCGGUGAUGUACUCGUAUUCAACUACAGCCCUCAAGCCCACAACGUAGUUCGGGUAAACGCGUUGGGAUACAGAUCAUGCAAGACUCCAAAGGGUGCACAAGUGUUCAGGUCAGGGAAAGAUCAGAUCAAGCUCCAAAAGGGUGCAAAUUACUUCAUCUGCAACUUCGUUGGUCACUGUGAAUCUAACAUGAAGAUUUCUGUCACCGCUAUGUAAUCUGUUUUACAGUAGUAUGUUUCCAUCUGCACUAUGUUUUACGGAUUAAGAGGACUUAAGAGUAGCUAUAAAAUGAAUCCAUCCCCACUUGGAGAGAAAGAGAAAGACUAGCCUUUGUAGUCUAUGAGCUAGAUGAGUAACAGUGUACCACCACUGAUGAAAUAAAAUCUAUUAUUAAAGAAAUUAAUGCUGCUGUUUGGUAUCAA